UUUUGUGUAUCGAACGGGAAAUGGUACACGUUGGAAAUGUCUGACAAAGUCAACCCUAUCCAAACCCUAACUGAUGACAUUGGAGUUGAGAGCAGUGCUGCUAUUAAAAUGGGAAAUACAGAAACACCUGAAAAACACAAGCAAGUCUACAAAUAUGCAAGUCUUGUGGUUCUGACUGUACAAAAUGCAUUACUUAUUUUGGUUAUGCGAUAUGUACGCACUCGACCAGGCGAUAUGUUUCUGUCCACAUCAGCAGUUGUCAUGACGGAGGUCUUUAAAGUUGGUUGUUCUCUCAUGUUGAUAUUGCUCCAAGAAGGUGGCGUGAUGGCAAUGCUGCAUCAGAUAUAUUAUAACAUCAUAAAGCAACCAUUGGAUUGUCUGAAGGUGUGCAUACCAUCGAUAAUCUACACUGUGCAGAAUAAUCUCCUCUAUGUCGCUGUGUCCAACCUGGAUGCUGCCACUUUUCAGGUUACCUAUCAACUGAAGAUCUUGACUACAGCCAUCUUUUCUGUUAUCCUCUUGCAUAAGCAUUUGAGUCGACUUCAGUGGACAUCUUUGGUUAUACUGAUCAUGGGGGUUUCUAUUAUACAGCUGACACAUGAAAAUACAGAAAAAUCACACGGUGUCGCAACAGAACAAAGACCAUUUGUUGGGUUUGUUGCAGUUAUUAUAUCUUGUAUAAUGUCUGGAUUUGCUGGUGUAUAUUUUGAAAAAAUAUUAAAAGGUACCCCACAGUCAGUUUGGAUUCGAAAUGUUCAACUUGGAACUUUUGGAUCAGUUGUAGGUUUUAUCACAAUGGGAAUAAAAGAUAGGGCGCAGGUUGCACAGCAUGGUAUGUUUUCUGGUUAUGAUGGAGUUGUGUGGUUUGUCAUUUGCCUGCAGUCAUUUGGAGGUCUGAUGGUGGCAGUUGUUGUCAAGUAUGCAGAUAAUAUUUUGAAAGGUUUUGCCACUUCAGCAGCUAUAAUUUUGUCUUGUAUAGCAUCGAUUUACUUCUUUGCAUUUACACCAUCACUGAUGUUCAUCAUUGGCACAUCAUUUGUAAUCACUGCUGUAUACAUGUACAGCAAAUUUGCCCCAACUGUGCCAUAUACAGUAAAUAAAAUAUAAAAUGUCAAAUUUUAAUCUUUUGGGGAAUUACAUUUGUGAGUAUUUCAUUUCAUUGUUAUAUUAACACGGCAUGCUCAUUGAUAUGUUGGGUUUUUAACUUGGUUUUAUGUAAUUAUGAGGGCUAUGUUUUUAUGUUAUACCAUUUAUUGAAAAUAAUUAUGUUACCCCACAUUUUACUUACAACCUUAUUCUCUGUAGGCACACACACACACACACAAACACACAUCACACACAGUGGACAAAACAAACUUUUUUGGUCCCACAUGUUGUGUCACCAGAUUAAUUAAGAAUACAUUCAGUAAUGCUUUAUUCUUAUCAGUAUUUUUAGCUGCACCAAAAAGUGAUAGGUUGAAUGAGUCACUAUACACCAGAUCAUAUACAGUGAAACCUCUCAAAACUGGACCCUCUGUAAAGCGGAAUUCCCUCAAAACUGGACGUUGUUCAUAGUCCCAUUUUAAAUAUCUGUGCCUCUCUAAACUGGAUACCUCUUAAAAUCAAAGUUUUUACUUGAUCCCAAGGGUGUCCGGUUUAGAUGAGCUUCUAAUCCGUCCCUCUUCAAGCCAGAUUCAAGCUUUACCAUUUCAUAUACUUUUAGUACUUUUGGCAAAAGCUGAACUUCUGUAAACAGAAAUGAAAGUUCUUAGAUGGUCAUGUUUAAUACAUGAACUUUGUGAAUCUUUGGCAUGUUGAUUAUGUCAAGAAAGAUAUGCUAUCUACCUACACACCUACCUACCUUUGUAUAUUUAGGUACACAUACACAUUGCAGAUAAAUACAUGUGUGUAGUUUUGUGUUUACACUCACACAAACUUACACACACACACACGCACACACAGACACACACACCAAAUACACAUGCACACACAUUAUCAUGGUUCAGCCCGAUGGCUGCUACAUUUGCCUAUUAUGAUAAACACCUAUAAUAUGAAAAGGGAAAUAAAAAUAAUAAAUAUAUACAGACUUAUUUCCUCCUGGUUUUAUCUCUUGAGAUAAAUGCAUACAUUUUGUUACACCUGUUUUUUAAUAGAAAUAUAUUGGUAAAAAUAAAUCUACAGUAUCAUGGACCCUUUUAAAAUAACAGAAUAAAUGGCAUUGCAAGUUUUUCUCUACACCCAUUACAGUUGAAAAUUAGUAAGUGAAACAAGCUUUAUUAACUAAGAAUGAUUAUGAAUUUUACACAAGUAGUCUAGUAUAGGCAACCAUCAAGUUUAGAAAAUGUUUAUCUUUCCAACACACACAAGAAAGUGAUAUAGUGAAAAGAUGAAUGAAUUACAAUCAGUGAAAGUGGUGUGAUAGUAAUUUUGAGUAGUGGCAGAUGUACAGUAUUCAAUCAUGAAAACCUAACAAUGGCCGGUAAUAACUUAUUUUAACUCCCUGCUGGUCAUCGUGGUUUUUAAGUUACAUUUCAACCCUGCUACUUAAAAAUAGUUUUUAAGAUCCUGAAGUAAUGUUAGAAAAUGAAGAUGAACAUGACUAUUAAAUAUUAAACUUGAGUACAGAGUUCCUUUUUCAUACAUGUAUAUGCGAUUCCACGCACAGGCAUUCAGCACACUCAAAAGAAAAUCAAUCUACAAAUGUAUGAGUGAUUUUUUCAGAUGUGAUUUUUUAAUGCAAAGUAUUUACUUUGGACAUAAGAGUACACUUUGACGAUGCCAAAUUUUCUAUAGUAAUCCACUUGCGUAAACACAGAUAUAGAAUGCAUAUAAUAAAUUGUGCAUGGAACUGAGUUAAUGGAAAGCAGGCCUAAUAUAUUUCCUCUGAUGGCUCGGAGUUAUUUGCUAUUUUUGAAUGUAUGUUAUAAUCACAUUGCAUACAAAGUGAUGCACCAUAAAGCAGUUACUAUUUCAAGUGUAUGAAUAAUAUUGUUAGUUUUUUUGCAUCUGCUUCAGGUAUGCUGUUUUUUUCUAAUGUCACAAGAACCACGUAAAGUUGGAAACAUGCAUAUUGCUACCUAGACAUUUGUAUACAUGCAGGCUGCACAUUCAGCAGGAUUCUGUAUGUUUGUGAAGCCUAAGUUUAUUGAAUCCUAAGUUUGUAGUGUAAGUUUAUCGAAUCCUAAGUUUGUAGUGUAAGUUUAUUGAAUCCUAAGUUUGUAGCAUAAGUUUAUAGAAUCCUAAGUUUGUAGUGUAAGUUUAUAGAAUCCUAAGUUUGUAGCAUAAGUUUAUAGAAUCCUAAGUUUAUAGAAUCCUAAGUUUGUAGCAUAAGUUUAUAGAAUCCUAAGUUUGUAGUGUAAGUUUAUAGAAUCCUAAGUUUGUAGCAUAAGUUUAUAGAAUCCCAAAAUAUCUACAUAUAUAUUACAUAAUUUUUACGAUUCCGGCAGAUUUUUACUAAAAACAGUAGCCUAAUUGACUGCCUUGUAUUUAUAUUGUAAUCAAUAAGAAUGCAGGAGGAAAGUUUGUUUUGUUUAACAACACCACUAAAGCACAUUGAUUUAUUAAUAUUCGGCUAUUGGAUGUCAAACAUUUGGUAAUUCUGACAUAGU